UAAUUAAUAAUAAUUCAAGAAAAGGAAGAGCAGAAGAAGGAAAGGAAGGAAGGACCAGCAGCCAAUCGGUGGCUACAGAACGAUUUCUCUGUUUCCGAAACCGAAUAAACAAACGAAAAAACACAACACAAACACACACAUCACAACAUCUUUAACAUUAACAUUCCAUUACAUCACUUCGUUCCUUCCCUUCAGAAUCGAAAAUUUAAACGACUGCUCUUAAAUUCUUAUUUUUUCAGAAAUUACUAUAAAAUCUUCAUCUUCUUCUUCUUCUUCUUCUUCUUCUUCUUCUUCUUAUUCCUUUUGCCCUAGAUUGGAUUGGAUUACAUUAGAUCUUCGCUCUCCAAUCCAAUCCUCAUCCACAUUCGAUUCGAGUCACUCUUUCUCCCUUUCCAGAUUUUUGGGCAUCGAUCGAUUUGAGGGUCGUUGUAGGCUAUCUAUCUAUCUGCCCUUGAUUUUUGUGUGUUUGAGGGAUGGUCUGUGUGGGCAGAAAAGAGAUUUGUUGGCGGUGAAAAUUGUGAUGCGUUUACUUAGAUGAAGACAGAAAAAGGCUGGCGUCUAGGCAUGGGUGAUAUGCAGAUAUUGCCUGGGUCUCGCCACCGUCCUCCCUUGAAGAGGCCAAUGUGGAUUCUUGUCUUGGUGCUAUUUGUAUGCGUCUUUCUAAUAUGUGCUUAUAUGUACCCGCCACAAAGCAGAUCAACCUGUUAUAUCUUCUCUUCUAGAGGGUGCAAGGGUUUUGUUGAUUGGCUUCCACCUAUUCCUGCAAGAGAAUACACAGAUGAGGAGAUUGCAGCUCGUGUUGUGAUUAAGGAUAUUUUGAGCGCACCGCCAAAUGUAUCAAAAAAAUCAAAAAUUGCCUUCAUGUUUUUGUCACCUGGUUCACUGCCAUUGGAAAAAUUGUGGGACAAGUUUUUUCAAGGUCAUGAAGGGAAGUUCUCAGUUUACGUGCAUGCAUCCAGAACUAAACCAGUUCAUGUGAGCCGUUAUUUUGUCAAUCGGGAUAUACGUAGUGACCAGGUGGUGUGGGGGAAAAUUUCUAUGGUUGAUGCCGAGAGACGACUAUUGGCUAAUGCCCUUCAAGAUCCUGACAACCAGCAAUUUGUUUUACUUUCUGAUAGCUGUGUGCCUCUAUAUCAUUUUGACUAUAUUUACAACUAUCUGAUGAAUGCAAAUAUCAGCUUUGUAGACUGCUUUAAGGAUCCUGGUCCUGUAGGGAAUGGCAGGUAUUCAGAUCACAUGUUACCUGAAAUUGAGGUCAAGGACUUCAGAAAGGGUGCUCAGUGGUUUUCUAUGAAGCGGCAGCAUGCUAUUAUAGUUAUGGCUGAUAGCCUUUAUUACUCGAAAUUUCGGACUUACUGUCAGCCUGGUUUCGAGGGACGGAAUUGCAUUGCUGAUGAGCAUUACUUGCCGACCUUCUUCCAGAUCGUUGACCCUGGUGGAAUUGCAAAUUGGUCCGUAACUCAUGUUGACUGGUCUGAGGGAAAAUGGCAUCCAAAAUCAUAUAGGGCACGGGAUGUUACUCCUGAGCUUUUGAAGAACAUUACGUCCGUUGAUGUUAGUGUGCACGUCACCAGUGAUGAGAAGAAAGAAGUGCAGAGAUGGCCUUGCUUAUGGAAUGGGGUUAAGAGGCCAUGUUACUUAUUUGCUAGGAAAUUCACUCCUGAAACACUGGAUAGUUUGUUGCAUCUAUAUUCCAAUUAUUCAACUACACCUUGAGGCACCAGCAGCAGCUACUUUGAUCGAUUCUUUAUCAUUUUUGGUCCCCCAUCAUGGCUUCUCAUUUAGCAGGAGAGUUGUAAAUUGCAGUAUUAAUGAGGCUUCAUCGCUUGCUAGCCGCAGAUAUUGUUUGCAAGGUAAACUAGCAUCUGAUUUAGGGUGGCCUGACAUGGAGAGGAGGUUAACUAUUGGUGUUACUUCCUUAGGGUAUAGUUGGAUGACUUUGACUUUUUUUUUUCCUUCCAUUUUGGGGUUUAUAAUUACAUGGCAAAUUUUUGGGGGAAAUCAUAUCAGAUCAUCUUAUGGUUGUAGAUCUUUGUAAAACUUUCAAAUUGCUUAGUUGGAAAAUACAUUAUAUCAUUGUCCAUUACUCCAUUCAGAAAUUCAUUGGUCAAUAUGAUACUUUGUUUCUGGCCUUUUGUCA